CAGUUUGCAUACAGGACAGGAAUGUGCUGCCUGCUUCAGUUGUGCUUGACUUUCAUUUGACAGUGGGUGGGGUAUUUAUACUGGCAAUGGAAAUGUAUGUGAUGACAGUAGAAACCCUUCUUGCUGUCAUAAAGUACCCCAGUCUGAUUGUUCUGUGCAAGCUCAAUGAGCUCUUCCAUAAGCCUUGCAUUGCCUCUCGUUAAAGACUUCAAGACUGCCAAGGGAGGAGAAAGAAAAAACAUUUGGCACAUCCCCAUUGACUGACUGCACUGUCUGGCAAUGCCGACUGACCCCAGCAAAGAGCAGCCCUGCAGGGACACUGGGAGAAGGAACAGCUCCCCCAAGCAAUCUGCUUCCAGUUUCCGAUGUUCGUUUUACAGCUCCCUGAAGCAGUGUGCUUCUAGUUUCCUAAGGGGAACUCACCACUGGGUGCCCCGGACUCAGCGCUUGUUCGGUGGGCAGAUUGUAGGACAGGCUCUCGUUGCAGCAGCCAAGUCAGUGAGUGAGGACAUCUCUGCCCAUUCCUUACACUGCUACUUCGUACGAGCAGGAGACCCGAAAGUGCCCGUUCUGUACCAGGUAGAUCGGACCCGCGAUGGGAGAAGCUUCAGCGUGCGUUCAGUGAAAGCUAUUCAGCACGGACAGCCCAUCCUCAUCUGCCAGGCAUCUUUCCACCAAUCACAGCCCAGCCCUGUGCAGCACCAGUUCACCAUGCCGAGCGUACCUCCUCCAGAAGACCUGCACAGCGUCGAGGAGCUCAUCCAGAAAUACCUCAGCGAUCCAAACCUGGCCGACAAAUACAAACUGGGACUGAAUAACCUGCUGGCCCAGGAGGUGCCAAUCGAAAUCAAACCAGUGAACCCACCUGAUAUUUACCACAGGGUGGCAAUGGAGCCCAAGAAGCUGUUCUGGGUUCGAGCCCGGGGACAUAUUGGUGACAGCGAUAUGAAACUGCACUGCUGCGUUGCUGCCUAUGUGUCGGACUACUACUUCCUGGGCACAGCACUGCUGCCCUACCCCCAGCAUAAGACGCACUUCACCGCCUCUCUCGACCACGCAAUGUGGUUCCACAGCUCCUUUCGAACUGACGAAUGGAUGCUGUACGAAUGUGAGAGCCCCUGGGCAGGAGGCAGCAGGGGAUUGGUCCAGGGGCGGCUGUGGAGGCGUGAUGGAGUGCUGGCGGCCUCGUGUGCACAGGAGGGGGUAUUACGAGUCAGGCAGGUGCCCAGUCAGAGCAAGCUGUAGGGACUUGUAAGAGGGCAGUCUGCAUAGUGCACAUGGGCCUCAUUCCUCUUCUGUCAGCAUGGUGAAAAUGCUGGAAUUGAUUCCAAACUGACACAAAAAAAGAACACAGAUAAAGUUAAUCUUUGAUGUGUUUUUGACAGUUCUGUAAGUCUGGCUAUGAAAAUUCUUAAGUCAAAGGGAUGGUUUCAGUAAUCUUGGACUACUCUAUAACAUUAGGUAGUCCAACAUUACAGCUCUCAGCAUCUUUGAAAUGAGUUACAGGUUUUGGACAACUUGAAGCUGUUUAAAGUUUUGUUCAGUUAUAUAGUUAUACUAGUUCUAAAGACAACCAAGACCCUUAACAGAUCGAUUCAUAAUUUCACAUUUACACGAUCAGAACCAGACUGUCCUCACGACAUUCAUAGUUAGAGUUCUGUUCAGGGCUCCCCGCUGGUGCAACACAAUGUCUACCCCUGGUAUUGGGCUUACUGGUUUCUGUGAACCCCAGUCACAGCAGUCGAAAUCGAUCAGCGUAUUUGCACACUGUGAGUGAGUGACUUGCAGCCAGUGAGCACUGCCACGUGAGAGGAAGUGACAGCAUGUGUAGUAACCAGCUCUGACCCUUCCCUGGGGCUGUUGUCCACUCAAUUCAAUGUCUAAGAGCAGCACUGAAUUCAUGAGUGUUUAGAAAAGAAGAGCGGACAUGCAGAAUGUGUCCCAUUUGUCUUGAAGAAGUCAGAUUAUACCAGACUGGUUUUCAAUCACUUCACCUGUGAAUUGCACUAAGAGCGGCUCUGGGGUUUAUUGUUUAAAUGAUGUAAACUAAAUGAACAGUGAAUCUCCUCAAGUAACAUAGCAUGAAAGUAAACUGCUAAAAUGUAAAGUCCCCCUUUUAAGGAGGAGGGGCGUAGCGAUUUGUUUUUAUGUUAAACAGUUUUUUUUGUUGUUUUGUUUUUUUAAUUAUUAAGGAAUACACCUAUAAAAAUAUAUUGUGACCCUUUUCAAAACACAUGCUAAAUGAAUAUAGCAAUAAACUCCCAUGUCUUAUAUGUUGUCCCUGGCACU